UACGCUACAUUCUCCUCCACAAAAGAUGGCGUUGUGAGAACCUUUUCGUUAUGCUUCCCGAACGUGGCAAAAUAAAAGUAUAAGAACAAUUCCAUAUAAACAACAAUCUCAUUCUUAACCAUAUUGAUAUCUAUCACAUCAAAUAAUACAAUUCAACAUGGCACCAAAAAUUCUUUUCGUCUUUACCUCAAACGACAAAUUGCACAACACUGACAAAAAGACAGGAUGGUACCUACCCGAAGCAGCCCAUCCAUACUACACCUUGAAGGAGGCAGGCUUCGAAUUGGUGGCAGCAAGUGAAAAAGGUGGAAAGCCACCAUUGGAUCAAAGUUCGGUUGAUGCAUUUGGCGAAAAGGAUGCUCAAUCCAAGAAGUUCCUGCAAGACAAAGAAGCCCAACAAUGGCUAGAGAACAGUAUUCCAAUUUCGCAAGUACAACCACCCGCAAAGGAAUACGAUGCCAUCUUUUACCCAGGUGGACAUGGACCUUUGAUCGGAUUGCCAGACGAUGAUCAUUCUCAAGCUUUGAUUAGAUCGUUCUAUGAAUCCGGUAGAAUCGUUUCUGCUGUUUGUCACGCACCCGUCGUGCUCACCAACGUUAAGCUAAGCGAUGGUUCUUACCUUGUCAAAGGCAGAAAGGUUACAUCUUUCUCCAACGAAGAAGAAGAACAAGCUCAAAUGGUUGACCAUUGUCCUUACCUAGUCGAAACUCGCUUGGGUGAACGUGGAGGUGAAUUCCAAAAAGGAACACCUUGGACUGAAAAAGUUGUCGUCGAUAAAGACAGUCAAGGUAGAAUUUUGAUCACUGGUGCUAAUCCUCAAUCUGGACAUGGAUUAGCCAAAGAGAUUGUUUCUUUGCUUAAAGCACAUUAAAUGAAAAGUGUAUAUAUGAAAAAGAUGAAUGACCCUUUCAUCGGACCCAUAGGCGUGUGCGUGUUUGUCUAAAUGUUUUCACUUCAUUGCCUUGAGUUGCUUCACAUGUUUAAUUCAUAGGUAUCACUUUCUUUGGAACAUAUGAGUUCAUCAUAUAUUAAUCAAAUAUGCUCGAGGUCAUUGCUAAACAGCAUUUAUUCUUCUUCAGUCACCUUCGCUUUAAACGGCACCGUUUACGCGGAUCCAAAGCCGGUGUACAGUGCACACACAAUGAAAUUAGAAGAAGAUGCACCAACCGCGUGUCCAUUUCGCAUGGGC